ACCUUUCAAAACCUUCUACCUGUAUCGAACUAACAACCCGCUCCUAGUUCCUUCUCACACGGAGAAAUGGCGGAGCAACGAGAAGAGAUGGCGGAGCAUCAACAUUCUCUCCAGGCAAGCUCCGUCCCCGCAUCCAUUUCCUCUUACUCUUCACCAGCAACCGUAGCUACAGCCGGCAUACCAUUGCCAUCAGAAACGUUCUGCCGAUCAUGCGGCGGCCCAACCACCGAUGCAGCUUCAAUCUCUUUGCCUCCUCAGUGGUCUGACUCGUCACCGCCGCCAGCGUACCGUCCGAUCCGCGCUCCGGCAAUUAACGCCCCAAAAAAUACCAACGCCAUCGUCCUCGCUCCUGUCCCUCGACCACUCCCAGUUCCAGUUGCGGAGCCUCCCUUCCAUUUUGAGGUCCCGUCGAAGCGCAUCUUCUCCUCCGACGACAUCCAGCGUUUUCACGCCUCCGCCGCCUGCCGCCAUUUUCUAGGAUUCGUGGCUGCCCUGUCCGACUCAGUUCGCGGCCGCAAAAUCCACGAUCCCGUUUUACCUCUAUCCCCCGCUCUCUCCUCCCUUCUCUCCUUAAUUGAAACCCUAGACAAAUGGAUCGAAGAGAUCCCGCCACUCCCCCAUUCAUCUCGUUAUGGAAACCCAGCUUACCGCUCCUGGCACGACAAGCUGUCCAAUGAGGGCAUCUCCCUGAUCCUUCCUCUCCUAAUCUCGGAUGUGCUCCGCCCUGCCGCUGAUGAGCUCCUUCCUUAUCUCCUUGAUUCAUUCGGCAACGCCUCCCGUAUAGAUUAUGGUACUGGUCACGAGACUAAUUUUGCUGCUUUCCUCUAUUGCCUGGCGCGCCUUGGGCUCAUAAAGGAGGAGGACUGUCCCGCCUUGGUAACUCGCGUGUUUGUUGCAUACCUGAAUCUGAUGAGGAGGUUGCAAACUAUGUACUGCCUUGAGCCUGCCGGCUCCCAUGGGGUGUGGGGUUUGGAUGACUACCACUUCCUUCCGUUCAUCUUUGGAUCGGCGCAGCUAAUUGAUCAUAAAUAUAUGAAACCUAGGUCGAUACAUAAUCCAGAUAUAUUGGAUAAUUUCUCAAAUGAGUAUAUGUAUCUGGCUUGCGUGGCUUUCGUGAGGAAGGUGAAGAAGGGGGCGUUUGGAGAGCACUCGCCCAUGCUCGAUGAUAUCAGUGGUGUGCCCACUUGGACCAAAGUCAACAGUGGCCUGCUCAAGAUGUACAAGGCAGAGGUGCUGGAAAAGGUGCCCAUAAUGCAGCAUUUUCUUUUCGGAUCACUUAUCAAAUGGGAAUGAAGUACGUUUGGUGAAUCUGUAUGAUUUUGUGCAAACGCUAGUUCUGGAAGGUCUUCAUUUUACUGCGUAGAUAACUGAGAAAAUGGAACACUUUUAUAAGGCUUAAUUGUUACCCUAAACGGAAGCUUGGAAAUGAUUAGGAAUACUACCUAUUCCAGUAAUCUACUUUGGCUCAUAGUGUUUUCUUCUGCUCUGUUUGGAUUCAUCUACAUUCACUUGAAAGAGUUUCAGCUUUUCUUUACA